GAGAGAGAGAGAGAGAGAGAGAGAGAGAGAGAGAGAGAGAGAGAGAGAGAGAGAGAGAUCAAGGAUGUACAAACGAGCAAUAAUCUAAUUCCCAACACACACUCUCAUUGGUCAUGCCAUCCUCCAUCUUAGCCAUGAGGGCCUAGUUACAUUUCACCCAGUUGGCGUAUGUAUUCUAGCCAAAUAACAGUAAUGGGGGCAAGGCUGUGAUUGGUCCAUUGCUAGAGGGUGACAAGACGUUUCACAAGGAUGUAAUGUUAUCAGUUAUUUCCCUAUUUCAGUGAUUUUGAAUACUAAGUGAUACAUUAUUUGGCAACGGUUCAGAACAUACAGAGCCUUGGUCGACUGGCAGAGAGACGGGCAGGUUUGAGAGGUUUGCAACCAGAGAGAGAGCAAGAGAGCACGAGAGAGAGAAAGAGAGAGAGAGAAAGAGAGAAAUCAAGGAUGUCACCGCCCUCAAACAAGCUAUAAUCUAAUUCCCAACACACACUCUCCUUGAUCAUGCCAUCCUCCAUCUUAGCCAUGAGGGCCUAGUUAAAUUUCACAAGAGGUUUCACAAGGAUGUGGUUUUCAGUUGCCUGUCACCAGUAUGUGCCUUCUCAGGAUAGAGAUAACACAGAGGUUGUAAAAACAACAGUCGUAUUCAUUAGGCACCAAACGGAAGAAAAAGAAGAGAGACAAGCUGAUCUUGUCCAAUAAGAAGCGCACAAAUUUUGCUACAGUGUACCUGAAUACAACCCAACAAACCCCAGUCAACUCCCAGAAGGGAACAGUCCCACAUGACAGACAGGAAAUAACCGCCCUCUCUCUUUCCACAAAGACCAUACAGAGACACAAGCAUGAUCUGAGGGCAUCGGCUGAUGGCAAUCUUGCCAUUGGUGAUUGGUGCACUCUCAUCUCUAGACUUUAGAAUCAAAGUCUUUAAGUCAUUAACACCUUUCCUAUGACUGUGGAAUUGUGAGUAUCCCAGUGUUUGUUUGUUAUAGACAGUUGUCUAAUCUUUUUGUUCCUCGUAGUUUACGUGUGUCAGUUGUGUAUGAUGCAUCUUCACUCAUGUCAGCUUGUAGUGUCAAACAGUACAAACAGCAUGUUCAUGACAGGUUUGGAAAAACAGUCAUUAUCGUUUCCAUUACUAUUUAUUCACUGUUGUCCAUCAAUAAGAGGCCAGGAAUUUCAAAUGUUGUUUUGAUUCCAUUGAAUGCAAUGUACUUUCACCCUUUCUUCUUCAAAAUCACUAAUUUCACGUCUUCCCCUCUCACAGGUUUGUAUCACCAUGGCAUCAGCCUGGAUAGCAAUGUUUGCCACGCUGCUGCUGGCAUUUGUGAAUGGAACAAAAGAUGAGGUUCACACGUCCCCGUCUGUGGAGGUACAUACUUCCACCCCUGUGGUGGCUUUGGGUUCACCGGUGACUGCCUCUUGCGUCAUCAGAGAUGACUGCCCCCUGAUAAAGGGAAAAGCCAUUCACAUUGUCUGGCACCUCAACCAACGCCUUAUUCCCAGCAGUCCUGCAGCAGCCAAUGAGAGUGGUAGAAACUCUGCAGCGGCCAAUGAAAGUGGCUGGAUCUCCACAGUUUUAUAUUCUGUAGCCAAUCAGAGUGGCUGGAACUCAACAGUGUCUAUACCUAGCUUCACGGACACCAGGGGAUAUCUCACGUGCUGUGUCCUCCACACCUUCCCGUGCCAGAUCGUAGGAGCAGUGGAGAUAAGAGCUGGAUUUCCACCCCCAGCACCACAGAACCUUAGCUGCCUGACUAACCUGACCAAACCGGAAACCCUCUCAUGUCAAUGGGACCCAGGACAGGACACCCACCUGCCCACACAGUACACUCUCCACACCGAGAUCAGGGACUUACAAGAGAGCAACACUUACGUGCUGCCGCCAGGGGCACAUCACUACAGGAUACCACGUACCGGCUAUGUUCUCUUCUCAGAGAUAGAAAUAUAUGUCAAGGCGGUGAAUGCCUUGGGUCAAGCCACCUCAACACCUUUGCUUCUGGAUCCCAUGAAGUCAGCCAAGUUUGACCCUCCAAAAGUUCUGAAGGUCCAAGCAGAGCCAAACAGGUAUGGCUGCCUAAGGCUCAGCUGGUGUCUCUCUGAAGAGCAAGCAUGGGUGACCAUCGUGAGCUUGGAGGUGCGACAGAAAACAGCAAACAGCAAGCAGUGGAGUGAAGAACCAGUAUCAGUGCCCCGCUUAGUGCGCCAGAGACCCAUGGAGGUGUGUCGUCUGCUCCACGGGACAGAGUACCACAUCCAGAUACGGGUCAGGUAUCACCAGAGUCCAUGGAGCGAAUGGAGUAACAGCAAUACUGCAGUGACGCUUGAGAGGGCUCCCACCGGACGACUCGACUCUUGGAUGACGGUAUCUGGGGAGCAGAGGCAAAAGCAUCUCAGUGUACACUUGCUUUGGAAGCCAUCGAAGCAGUUCCGUGCCAAUGGCAAGAUCCUGUCCUAUGUUGUCUCGCUCCAGAAACAACCCACGAAAAAGGGACAGUUUUGCGUCACAUUGGAUAGCCACUGUGUUUUCCAGCUUCCCGGGAGGGCAAGGAAAGUCUUCCUCAGUGCUGGGAACGCUGCAGGGGCAUCCAGCCCUACUGAGGUGGAAGUGUUUCAACACAGAGCUCUGGCAGCAGUCUCUAACGUCAAUGUCCUUCCUCAUGAUGAGAGAUCACUACUGGUCCAGUGGACAAGCAUACAUUCAUCCAGUGUCACAGGCUAUGUGGUGGAGUGGAGGCCAUUGUGGAAAAUGGACCCUUCCCUCAUCUUGUUUGACCAUAUUGACAGGAAUCAAUCCAGCACUCUAAUAUCAGAGAGCAUCGAGCCGUACAAGCCCUAUGGGAUCUCUGUGUAUCCUAGGUAUAAGGAUGGGAUUGGCCUUCCUCAAACCGUCAAGGCGUACUCUAGACAAAAGGCCCCAUCUGCCGCCCCAAAUCUGAGGGUGAGGGAGACGUUUUAUUCUCGUAUUGAGCUUACCUGGGAGGAGAUUCCACUAUGCCAAAGAAAUGGGAUCGUGCAGAGCUACCAGAUCUUCUACUGGAAUGAGCAGGGAAACACCAAAGUAGUGACUGCUGAGCUGGAAAAGAGGAGGGUGGUUCUAGGAGAGCUCAACCCUUCGUCCUCAUACAAAGCCUUUAUCAUGGUUAGCACUGGUGGCGGGAGUCUGAACGGAUCAGAGGUUACCCUCAAAACUGAACCAAUGGAUGUCUUGGCUAUCAUCAUGAUAGUUAUUUCCUCUGGUGUUGGGCUGUCAUUGCUCGUCAUUAUCUCAGUUCUGGCCUGCUUCUCAACACAUGAACGGUUGAAGAUGUGCUUUUGGCCCAUGAUCCCCGACCCUGCCAACAGCAGCAUCAAGAGGUGGAGCACAUCGGAUUCAAUGCAGGAUAUACCCCCUGUCCAGGACAUGCAGGAAUCCAGUCUGGUCUAUCUCUCCCAUCUCAGCCUCAUGGACCUGCCUAAGAAGGGUCUCGAGAAGAGGGGUGGCCAGAUCACCGAUGACCCCUGGUGCCACUGCAGUGACACCAGUGACCUGGGGGAGUCCAUAUGUGGCUCCCCCCAUGCACUCAGCCCUAGCUACUUAGGGUCACACCAACACUCUGUUCCGUAUGCCACUGUGGUCUUUGAUAGCCCGUACUCAAGUCAGCCACCAAGCCAGUCCCAUGCCUACCUGCGCUCAGAGUCCACACAGCCACUCCUGGAGGACGAGCUCGAGGAGCCCUCUAGCCCAAAAGAGUACCAGAAUGUUCCCGUCCGUGGGACAUCUGGGGAGCAAGUUUCCUUUAGAGAAUGCCAGGAUGACGGCCCAGGAAAGGGAGAGUUAUGCACUCUUUGGGAUGACUUUCCCUUGCUUAGGGCUUUGGCAAUUAAUGAUAUUCAAAGUGAAACCUAACCUCAGUGGUAUUGAGAUUUUGAAAUGUAUGCAAGAUAUGUGAGAUGUACAGUGCUAUGAAAAAGUAUUUGCCCCCUUUCUAAUUUUCUCUACUUUUGCAUAUUUGUGAUACUGAAUGUUA